UGCUCGCGGGCCGCGUGCGGAGCCGCGCGCCCGGGAGCUCCGGGACGGUGGCGGCGGUUGGCGGCGGCGGCGGUGGCGGAGCAGUCCUCCACGGGCCAUGUCUUUUCCGGCCGUGGCGAGGAGCUCCUUGAGAGGGAGUCGGGAGAUGGCCCCUAGGCCGCGGGGCCGGGGCCGAUUCUGGGAAGUGGACGGCGGCAGCGGAGACCGGCUGGAGCGCGCUGCCGCGGAGUCGGAGCGCUGGGAGCUGCUGCUCCGCCGCGGCGAGCUGCUGGCCCUGGGCGGCCACCUGAAGGGAGCGCUGGAGGCGUACGCGGCGGCGCUGCGCCGCGGGGCCCCGGUCAGGCCCGAGUGCCUGGGCACCCUGGUGGACUGCCUGGUGCUCAACUACCGGCUCCGCCACGGGCUGGGCUGGAGCGCAGCGCGGGCAGCGGGCGCGGACACCGGCACCGGCGCCGGCGGGCUGCUCAGCUGCCUGGGCUGCCGGGGCUUCCUGAGCGAGCCGGUGACCGUGCCCUGUGGCCACAGCUACUGCCGCCGCUGCCUGAGGAGAGAGCUCCGCGCCCGCUGCCGCCUCUGCCGGGACCGACUGCCGCCCGCCGCCGCUGCCGCUGAUGCCGAGGGCACCACCCCGCGGCCGCCGCCUCUGGCUGCCGCCAUCGCCGCUUCGGGCUUCAGAACCAGUGUCGUCCUCAACCACCUGGCCGAGAAGUGGUUCCCGGGCCAGCUGGAGCGAGCCCGGGCGGCGGGCCGGCUCGGGGAGCUGCUGCACGAGGGACGCUACCGGGAGGCCCUGGCCGCCGCCUGCGAGGCGCUUCGAGCAGAGCCUGGCAACUUGACUCUAAAAAUUUACAGAGCUGAAUCAUACGCUGGUCUCCAAGAGUUUAAAGCAGCCAUAGAAGAUCUGAAUGCAGUUCUCUUUCAACUGCCAAAUUGGCCUGAGGUCUACUUCAGGAAAGGAAAAGUGCUCCAUGAUGCUGGCUUUUUAGGUGAUGCCUUACAACUCUUUCUGCAGUGCUUAGCCCUUGACGAGGAUUUUGCACCUGCGAAGCUGGAAGUGGAAAAGAUUUUAUUUGAUUUAUUAUCACCUGAAAACUUAAAAGAAGGCCUGAAGGAUUCUUCCUGGAGUUCGUUGCCGUGUACUAAAAACAAGCCUUUUGGCUUUCCGUCAGUGAUGGAAGAGCCUCACUCUGCCAGUGAGCCUAGCCCGGAGCAGAGUGGAGAGAGAGCGGAGGUCCCGUCGGAGCCUGUCAAGGGGAGCUUAAACCGUGCUCAGUCAGCGCAGGCCAUCAACGCCGCGGGAAGGCCCGCCCGGGAAGACGGCCUGAAGAGAGUGUCCUCGGAACCUUCACUCUCUGUUCGAGAAAAAGGUGCUCUGCUGAAAAGAAAGCUGUCUCUUUUGGAGCAGGACGUGAUUGUCGAUGAAGAUGGACGAAACAAGCUUAAAAAGCAAGGAGAACCUCCCAGUGAAGUCUGCACGUUUUCACUGGCUUCUGGCGACGUCCCGGGAGAGCUGAUAGACGCCUCGGACUUCGAGUGUUCUCUGUGCAUGAGGUUGUUUUUCGAGCCAGUAACAACCCCUUGUGGACACUCGUUCUGUAAGAGCUGCCUUGAGCGUUGCUUAGAUCAUGCACCGUAUUGUCCCCUUUGCAAAGAAAGCUUAAAAGAGUAUCUAGCAGAUAGGAGGUACUGUGUCACGCAGCUGCUGGAAGAAUUAAUAGUGAAGUAUCUGCCUGAUGAGCUGUCCGAGAGAAAAAAAGUGUAUGACGAAGAAACUGCUGAACUCUCACACUUGACCAAGAAUGUCCCAAUAUUUGUUUGCACUAUGGCCUACCCCACUGUGCCUUGCCCUCUUCAUGUAUUUGAGCCAAGAUACAGACUGAUGAUUCGCAGGAGCAUACAGACUGGAACCAAACAGUUUGGGAUGUGCGUCAGUGACACACAAAAUAGUUUUGCAGAUUAUGGUUGUAUGUUACAAAUUAGAAAUGUACAUUUCUUACCUGAUGGAAGGUCUGUGGUGGACACAGUCGGAGGAAAGCGGUUUCGGGUUUUAAAAAGAGGAAUGAAGGAUGGAUAUUGCACUGCAGACAUUGAGUAUCUGGAAGACGUUAAGGUGGAGAAUGAAGAUGAGAUAGAGAACCUCAGACAGCUUCACGAUUUGGUGUACUCGCAAGCCUGCAGCUGGUUUCAGAAUUUAAGAGACAGAUUUCGAAGCCAAAUUCUUCAGCACUUUGGAUCAAUGCCCAGGAGAGAGGAAAACCUUCAGGCAACCCCUAACGGACCUGCCUGGUGUUGGUGGCUUCUCGCCGUUCUUCCCGUGGAUCCCCGAUACCAGCUGUCGGUUUUAUCAAUGAAGUCUCUGAAAGAACGGUUGACGAAGAUACAGCAUAUACUGACCUAUUUUUCCAGAGACCAGUCCAAGUGAUGAACUGCUUGGCUCUUCCUUCAACGUCACCCUGACCCGGCUGUGCUGACGGCCAGGUCGUCCGCUGCCUUUGCACAUCCAGUGCUGGUUUGAGAAACGGAACGAAACUCUUGUGGUUUUUCUUUCCUUCAACCUCCAGAAUCAUGUGGUUCUGCAAAUGAAUACCCUCAACUAGGACUUAGACCACUAAGAACUUGCACAGAAAAACACGCAGCAAAUGUGUGUUAAACCUCUACAUGGUGAUGAAGUUGCACUAUGUACCAUAUUCUAACAUGAAAUGAGAACUCUGUGUAUGUAUGUGGAGUGUGUGUGUGAGUGUGUGUGUGUGUGAGCGCAAGCGUGUGGGUCGUAUGUGUGCAUUUUCUCUGGCUUUAAGAUUUUAAAAGAAAAAAAAAGCCAUAGAGAGCAGAACUUGCCGAGGGUCACUUAUUGCCCAAGUUUACAACAGCAGCGAUACGAGUUUUGGCAACUAGACUUUGCCUCAGAUUUCUCCGUCCCGAUGCUUACAUUUGCACACGUGUGUAAACUGUGGUACUCAGUGUCGUGCUGUUGGGAAUCCUGCUCUUGCUGAGCUGUCUUGACCAUUGACUAUGACGCUUUCUUAUUUAUGUAAAUACUUGUGGCCCAGGGGCCGCCCGGCGCCGGGCGCAGGCCCUAGAGCCGGUCUUCAGGAACAGUCGCAAACCUGAUAUGGUACUGUGCAUCUAUCCAUAAAACACUCAAAACUGUGAAACUAUGGUUUACAUUUAAUUGUACAUAAAGGUAAAUGGAGAGCUCAACUCAGUACCAGUUUAGUUUGUACAUUUUAGGAGCUUUUCACAUCAACUGCCCAUCUAUGUAAUUUAUAGUUUGACAUGAUGUGUUUGUUUAAAAAAAUUACAUAGUUUAAACCCAUUAAGGAUCUGAGGGAAGAGAAGCUUAAUGUAGAACUAAGCUUUUAAAGUAUGUUUUAUUUCUUAAUUCUGGUCUUGGUGCAAAUGUUAGUUAUGCCUUAUUCACCAUAAUUAGAUCACCAUGCCGUGGCAUGGUUUAUAUUCAUGCUGCCCUAGAUACUUUUGUAAUUAUUUGUUGCAAACUUCUAACUCUCCCUAUUAACUUUCUUUUAUGUAAGUAAUUUGUAAAAGUUUCUGAAAAAUUUGCUUUUGCUUAUUUAAU